GGAUGGUUGAGUUUUAACCGGGGACGGAGCGUGAGCGGGAUCAGUGUGCGCGCAGCGCGAGCAGCCGAGCGCCCCGCGGCCGCGGCUGUGAACUCCUCCCCGGCCGCCGCUCCACCCUCCCUUCUUCCUCCCUCCCUCCCUCCCCGGAGCCCGCGCGCCGCCAGCAUGAAGCGAGCUCACCCCGACUACAGCUCCUCCGAUAGCGAGCUGGACGAGACCAUCGAGGUGGAGAAGGAGAGUGCGGACGAGAAUGGAAACUUGAGUUCGGCGCUAGGUUCCAUGUCCCCAACGACAUCUUCCCAGAUCUUGGCCAGGAAAAGACGGAGAGGCAUUAUUGAGAAGCGCCGACGAGACCGGAUCAAUAACAGUUUGUCUGAGCUGAGGAGACUGGUACCCAGUGCUUUCGAGAAGCAGGUAAUGGAGAAAGGAUCUGCUAAGCUAGAAAAAGCCGAGAUCCUGCAAAUGACUGUGGAUCACCUGAAAAUGCUGCACACUGCAGGAGGGAAAGGUUAUUUUGACGCGCACGCCCUGGCGAUGGACUAUCGGAGUUUGGGGUUUCGGGAAUGCCUGGCCGAGGUUGCCCGUUACCUGAGUAUCAUCGAAGGACUGGAUGCCUCGGACCCGCUCCGCGUUCGGCUGGUCUCGCAUCUCAACAACUACGCCUCCCAGCGGGAAGCGGCGAGCGGCGCGCACGCGGGCCUCGGACACAUUCCGUGGGGGAGCGCCUUCGGACACCACCCGCACGUCGCGCACCCGCUGCUGCUGCCGCCGCCGCCGCCGCCGCCGCAGAACGGCCACGGGAACGCGGGCAGCACGGCGGCGUCCUCGGAGUCCCACCACCAGGGCCGGCUGGCCGCGGCCCAUCCGGAGGCGCCGGCCUUGCGAGCGCCCCCUGGAGGCGGUCUGGGACCGGUGCUCCCCGUGGUGACCUCAGCCUCCAAACUGUCGCCCCCUCUCCUCUCCUCGGUGGCGUCGCUGUCCGCCUUCCCCUUCUCCUUCGGCUCCUUCCAUUUAUUGAGCCCUUCGGCACCCACGCAGGCAGCGAACCUUGGCAAGCCCUAUAGACCUUGGGGAACGGAGAUUGGAGCUUUUUAAAGAACUGGUGCUGUAGGACGAGGUAGGGGAACGCUUAAAAUGUCCCAGCUGAGCUGGAACUGUUGCCAACAUCACCUUAAAGUCGUCAGUAAAAGUAAAAAGGAAAAAGGUACACUUUCAGAUUUUUUUUUCCCUAAAGACUAAAGGUUUGUUGGUUUACUUUUUUCUUUAUAAUUUUUUUUUAUCAUGUCAUGUAUUAGCAGUUUUUUUAAAAAACUAGUUAAUUUUUGUUUAAACAUUUUACUCAGUGUGAACCAACACUAUGGGAUCCGUUUGUACCGUUCUUAAUUGACUUUGUAAACCUGUACAGGAAUGAUUUCAUUUGCCUCACCAUGUUGGUAAUCUUAACCUUUAAUGUUUGGGGUCCUUUUUUUUCCUGCUUUUAUAGCUGCAGUCCCUUUCUUUUGAUUUAUUUUCCAAACCACCGUGCUCAAUGUUAACAUGAUUUUGUUUGUUAAUAUUUUGACAGAAGAAGGUGUUGUAUAAAAAAAUGAUGUACUUUAGGGAGGGGGGAGGGGACAAAGCAUUAUAUUUCCAAAGCGUUGACAAAUCAGAUGGUCAGCUUUAUUCAAGAAAGACUAGUUAGUUCUCUGCUUCCUGCAGCAGUAAGGGGAAACGCACAAGCCACCCGUGUCCCUCAAUCAAGGUGAUCGACUACUGUUGUUGUCUACCUGGCCUUGCAGGUCCCUAUCUGGUGUAUUAGCAGCAAAGACACUGAAGACAAUUGCAUUGACUAUGCCUGCAUACACUAGCCCCAAGCAAUGCAAUGAAUUUUUAAUCUCAUGGAUAUCAAGUUUCCACGUGUUAACCUGCAUCAGAGUCAUGGUAUGCAGCUGGUCUGUUCAGUAGUGCAGUACAACCUGGUAAAUGCAUAAGCCUAACUUUGCGGGAACUACCACCUUUUCUUUGAACUGGAAAUUCUUAUGUUGUCUCUUCCUUUUGGUGCAUGGACAUGUGGUUCUUGAGAUAUUUCAAAGGGCUUUUCUGCCUUAUCUUUGAUUUAUUUAAUUUGAUUUGGGCUAUAAAAGUAUCGUUUCAGAUUUAUUCCUUUAGCAGGUGUAGUUUGAACAACCUCCACUGAACUGAGUUUGACCUCUGUUGUACUGAUGUGUUGUGACUAAAUAAAAAAGAACAAACUA